AUCGUGUUUGAAGGUUUUAUUACUUUAAAUUUAAAAAUCCAUUUUGUGUUUUUUAUUUAGCCCUUUUUAUUUCUCGAAGAGUGUAUUUUUGUAAAAUUUGCAGAUAGAAAAAUGUCAAGCAGGAUGCGGGAGAUGUUAGGAUACAUGAGCGUGGAAGAAGUCGAAAAUGCUCUGCGACGUUUGGACGUGGAAGAGGCUGAAUUAAAUGAGCAGAUUGAGAGGCUUGUUGUCAAAAGUGCGGAUAUACAGCAUGCGGAAUCAGAGCUGGUGCGAAUCCAAGAAUCGCUGGUCCUUCUGGAGUCGGACGCCGGGCACCUGCAGCAGACACUGGAGUUCUCCGGUCGGCUGGCGGAGAACGUCAGCGGCAAGAUCCGCCAUCUGGACGCGGCUAAGCAGCGCGUGGAGGAGACGCUGCAGCGCAUCGAGGACGUGUUGGAUCUGCGCUUCUGCACCGAAGGCGUGCAGGUGGCCAUGCAGAACGAGGAGUACGAGAUCGCCGCCGGCCACAUUCACCGGUUUUUGAAGAUGGACGAGAACCUGUUGAUGCGCAGCGCCGAAGAAAUGCGCCAGCAGAACAAUCUCCAGCAGUCGCUGGCGCUCCUCCACCAGGCGCAUCACCAGCUGAAAAGCAUCAUUAAUGCCAAGUUUGAUGAGGCACUGAACGUUGCGGAUUCAGCUAAUGUGGAGCGGCUGUUCAAAAUUUUCCCUCUGAUGAAUUUGCACCAGCAUGGAUUGAAUAAGUUCUGCACGUAUUUGUCAUCAGAUAUUUCAGACAAAGCUCAGAAGUUGAUGGAAGAUCUGGCCGCGCGUCUGAACGAUCCGAACACGAAGAAGAGCGCCAGCGUGUUCGUGGAGUUAAUGACGCGGUUGGUGGAGACGGUGGCCGGCGUGGUGGAAACGUACCAGCCGCUGGUGGAGACCUAUUACGGUGCUGGAUAUCUCCUGCAUUUUGUCCGCAACAUCCAGGCGGAAUGCGAUCGGCAGAGCGUGAGACUGAUCGAGGAGUUGCGCCAGCGCCGCUUUGCCGAGCGCGCUAAGGAGAUCCGUUUACUUGUCCGCAAAACCAUCAAAUCGACCGGUGGUGGUCUGCAUUCAGUGAUCGAUCCGCUGGAGUUGGAUGCGCUGCUGCUGGAAGUGACGGUGAUGAAUGCCCGUGUGGAGUUGUAUUUGAACUUCAUGCGCAAGAAACUCUUGGCGGAUUACGUGGCUGUUGAUCAGAGUUCCAAGAACAGAGAAGCACAUGCUCGCGAAGUGGAGACACUGUUGAGCAGUAGCCAACUUAGUCGGCGCAUGCAGGAGUUGAUGGGUGACUACGUCAGUCUGGAAGAGUACUACAUGCGGCAGUCAAUGCGGAAGGCGGUGGCAAUGGAGCAGAUGGAGGAAGCCUCCCUGACCUCCUCGAUGGUCGACGAAGUCUUCUUCGUCGUGCGCAAGAGCAUCCGGCGCGCCCUGUCCUCCUGCAGUGUGCACGCCAUUUGUGCCACGCUCAAUCACGCCGUCAGUCUGCUGCAGGAGGACCUGGCCGACGUCCUCCUGGCCAAACUGAAGAACAACGUCUACGUGGCGUAUACAAUUGAUUUGUCGCAGGCCUACUACACCAUGAUCGGUACCAGUACGCCGGUGGACAAUAGCGUUACCGACAAAAACCGUCGUGCUUUUCUCGCGCACCUCUGUGACGCGGACGUCAGUAUUGGCAAUAUUAAACGGCUGGUGGAGACGCUGCAGAGCGAGCUGACGGUGGUACUGGGGAACGUGUCGCAGCAUGAACUACAGAAAAUCCAGACAACACUCCAAGAUUUAUUCGCCGCCACGCACUCCUUCCAGGUAGUGCUGGACACCGGUAUCUCGCUGUUGCACACGGCCAUUCUAAAGCCGCGGAUUAAGCCGCUUGUGGAUGGGUUCAUCAGUGUCAGUCACAACAUCAGCGACGAUGACUUCCAGUCGUACGAAAUUAGUGACCCGUUUGUCGAGAAUUUCAUAUGUAACAUUCAGACCUUGUUGGGUCUCUUUAAGCCUUCUUUGACCAGCAACGUCUUGGAGUUAUUGGUUAAAUAUGUUGGAGCGGAGAUUGCCGAUCAGUUGGAAAAGGCCAUUGUCAAACUAAAAUAUUCACGGUUGGGUGGCAUUCAGCUGGACAAAGAAAUCCGCGUGCUGAUCCACUACCUCAGCUCGUUGACCAGUUGGUCCAUUCGGGACAAAUUCUCCCGUAUCUCCCAGAUUGUCACCAUUCUCAACGUGGACAGUUUGGCGGAAUUUCAGGAGCUAUGGAAUCCCAGUUCCAAUAUUAGCCUGGCCUGGCGCAUCACGCCGAGUGAAGCGCGACAAGUGCUUUUGCUCCGCACCGACUUCCGACCCGAUGAAAUCAAGAAACUUAAGCUUUGAUAAUGAUAACGGUCUAGAUCUGCUUAUUUUCUUGCACAACAAAGUCAUAUUUUUUGUACGAGUAUUGUUGUUUGGUAAUCUGGUCGUGGAUGCAUCUAUACAUAUUAUAACAGGUGCAGUAAAUUAUUAAAUAUUAUUAUGAUUGUUGAUUAUCACUAAUUAUCUUUCCAGAUUGGUUUUUUUGCUGGAAUAUUUACGUACUAAUAACUAAUAAGUAUCUGUGGACUGAUUGGACCGCGC